AUGACACCGCUCUCGUGGAAGAAGCGCGGCUCCUUCGAGCAGCCCGCGGAGAACCCCCCCGAGUUUGAGCAAUGUCCCCGCCCCCCCAUCCCCGCCGUCGAGGCUGCAGCGCAGCGGCGGGGGCUCCCCGCGAGCGGGGAACCGGCGCGGCGCCGCCACGACAGCCCCGCGGCCGCCGCCCCCCGCAGCCCCGCCGCCGGCUCCCGCUCCGCUUCCCUCUAUGCCGCCCCGGCGGCGGCUGCGGCGCUGCCCCGCUGCCGGGCGAUGGAGCACACGUACGGGGAGGUGAACCAGCUGGGUGGUGUCUUCGUGAACGGGCGCCCGCUGCCCAACGCCAUCCGCCUGCGGAUCGUGGAGCUGGCCCAGCUCGGCAUCCGCCCGUGCGACAUCAGCCGCCAGCUGCGGGUCUCGCACGGCUGCGUCAGCAAGAUCCUGGCCCGCUACAACGAGACCGGCUCCAUCCUGCCCGGAGCCAUCGGAGGCAGCAAGCCGCGUGUCACCACUCCCAACGUGGUCAAACACAUCCGCGACUACAAGCAGGGCGAUCCCGGCAUCUUCGCCUGGGAGAUCCGCGACCGGCUGCUGGCCGACGGCGUCUGCGACAAGUACAACGUGCCGUCGGUCAGCUCCAUCAGCAGGAUCCUGAGGAACAAAAUCGGCAGCCUCUCGCAGCCCGGCGGCCCUUACGACGGCGGCAAGCAGCCCCCCCCGCAGCCCGCCCUGCCCUACAACCCCCUUUACCAGUACCCGUACCCCGGCCCCAUGGCCCCGCCGGCAGCCAAGAUGAGCGCUCAUCCCGGGCCCGUCCCCGCGGCCCACGUCGGGCUGCCCCGCUCCUGGCCCUCGGCUCAUUCUGUCACCAACAUCCUGGGCAUCCGCACCUUCGUGGAGCAGACGGGAGCUUUGGGCGGUACGGAGGGCUCUGCCUACCCCCCCAAAAUGGAAGACUGGCCCGGCGUGAACAGGACUGCCUUCCCUUCCUCCCAGGCCGACAAAGCCGCGGUGGAAGGGGACAUCAAAUACCCGCAGCCCGCCCCGGGACUCUCCUCCGUGGGCAGCUUUCUCCCGGCCUGCGCCUAUCCCCCCGGUAACCAGCACGGCGUCUACGGCGCGCCCGGCGGCUACAUCCCCCCAGGACACCCCUGGCAGCCGCAGGGCCACCACGGCCCCGGUGUGACGGUGCACGGAGGCGAUCUGGCCAGCGCCAUGGCCUUCAAGCAGCCCGGCAGGGAAGUCACGGACAGAAAACCCGGCAGCCCCGUGGGGAAGUCCCCGGAUCCUCUCAGCCCCAUCCACGGACUCUCCAUCCCAGCCUCCUCCUCCUAG